AGACCUACGCUUCAAAUCCAGUCUAUGUCGAUUUGAACCAUAUGCUCGUUUUUGAUAUCGAUACCUUCUUGAGCCACGUAGUGACAUUGUUUUUACUAAAAAAGUAUUCAUUGUAUUGUGUCUUGAGUUGCAGGAUUAGAAAACCAUCAUCCACAAUCCUCACGUGCGAUCUAAAGACAGAUAAACAGCUAGGAGGGGGUUGCAAACCUCAAUAUUCUGCCACGAUUAGUGAGAGCAAACGCGCUCUCUGUUUUGCUGCUGUUGUCGACAGAGGUAGCGUUCUUUGCUAUGGGCUACGGGAAGACAAUGCGCCCAGAAAGGAAGUUCCGGCCAUGCAUAAAAUGACCGAAAUAAUGUAAGUACUUACUACAUGCUCCCAAAAUGUAUAUAAACCCAUAUAACGUUGCUGGAGAGUUGCUAUUCCACUUUCUUCGUUUGUCUUUUACAUUCUUUGUUCUACUCUUGCCGCCUUCGUCAAGCUAACAACCAUGGCGGCUCUUUGUUUAUCUUCAAAUUCUCAUCAGGGUUUAACAUAAAGCUCCAAAAUAAGGACGUUGUUGGACAGUUGAGCUCGCUCACCGUUAUCUGCAGUUUGGGGUUUUGUCUCCGUUGAUAAUUUGCUGGGAGUUGGUGGCGCUGAUUGUCUUCGACUGGACGUCGCCAUCUUAGCACAGCAGCGCUCCCUCCUCUAUCUUCAAUCCUCACUCCAAUGCUCCACACUCAACUUCCGCUUCGCGGGCGUAAGAAAAGACCAAUCUUCGGCGGUAUUCGUUUCCCGUGAGUUUGUUUCCUCGUCAAUUUGAAACUUGCUCCGGAAAGCUUCUCAGCGCCGCCAUCUUGGUCGCCGACAAAUAGUAGUGAUGUGUAGGUGAUUGACAGCGCAGCCUCGACACAUCCAAUAUGGCGGCGACACUGACGUACCGCAGCGGUGGACAAGCCCACUCGAUGCAGCGUCGUAGUCGCGCUAUUCACAUGCGCAGAACGGAUUGUGUUUCCGGUACAAUUCCGCCGCGAGCGUUUUGGCUGAUAGCUGCAAGACUUGACGCUGAAAAUGCUGAAAAAGUUGGUGAGGGAGCGACUGAUGGCGGCGGCUGAGGAGAUACUGGCGCAGUUUGAAAGAACUAUAGCUUCGUACGAGGAGGAACUUUCCCGAACGAGAGAGGAGAACGAGCGACUUCGACAACAACUGGAAGCUGAUAGCAAGACGGGAGGUGUGCUACACAGUGAAGACGUCCAGCAGCUGAUUGGUCAUCCAAAAGAACCUCCCCCUGAGCCACAGGCGGGGAGCUCCAUGUUGAAGCAGGAUGAUCCCCAGCCGCCCCACAUCAAAGAGGAAGGGGAGGAACUCUGGAUCACUCAGGAGGCAGAGGAGGCUGAUCUCAGCAAGUUGCCACUGACGGUCGUCUCUGUGAAGACCGAAGAGCGUGGAGACAAACCACCCGAUCCCUCACGUUGGUCGUGUCCUUCAGACUUCCAGCAGAUGAUUGAUUGUGAAGAGGAACUUCACCCUCAGCCGCAAGGGGGGGGCUCCACAUGGAGGCAGGAAGAUGCGGAGCUCCCCCGCGUCAAAGAGGAAGGGGAGGACCUCUGGAUCACUCAGGAGGUAGAGUAUCACCAAGAUCUCAUCAAGUUGCCUCUGACUGUGAAGACUGAAGAGCAUGAAGACAAACCAGGCGAGUCCUCACAGCUUCAUCACAGUCCGGGUGAGGACACCAGAGGUGACAACAUGACGUCAUGCGAAGACAAGGACAACCUCCGAGGACCUUUGAGUCAUCAUGCAGAGCGUGAAGGGGACACGAGGACUCCCAACAAACACUCUGAAUGCUCCAAACGGAAGACGGGUAGAAAGCGUUUGGCCUGCUCGCUUUGUGCUGAAAGCUUUUCCUUCAAGUGCUAUUUGACUCGACACAUUCUGAGUCACACGGGAGAAAGAGCUUUUGUUUGCUCGGUUUGUGGUAAAAGAUUUGUUGCAAGGGUGAAUAUGGCGUCGCACAUGAGAACACACACAGAGGAACACCCUGUCCGUUGCACGCUUUGUGGUCACAGUUCUUCUUAUCAAAAAAGUUUGACAGUGCAGACGUGGACACCCGACGGAGAAUAAAGGGUUCCCUGUCCGGCUUGCGCUGAAAGACUGUCACGUCACAGAAGCGCGAUGUCACACGUGGCGUUUCAAACAAACCUUUGGUCCUGUGGGAGUUUCUGCACAAAAUAAGGUGGUGCAUUCCCACAAUCUCCUUCAGUCACGCCUACUUUUCUCAUUUCUUUCCCGCUCCUGUGUCUCCUUUCUCUUCUGGCAGCCUUUUUUUCCGUCGCAGGGACACAUGCUUACCAGAUACAGCUCUAGAACACGAGGCGUUUAUGAAAAAGGUCCAUCCAUGCAUGUUGAAAUGGCUUAAGUAUGAACAUGUUGUUCCAGUAGUUAAAAAUGUUUUGUUGAAUAUUAUUAGAAUGU